GCGAGCAGCGGAACUACUAUGGAACCUUGGCAGCCUUGUAGGUUUGGAAGGCUUAAGUCCAAGUUCGGAAAAGCCUUUUCCAGUCCUGAUGAUUUGCUGGCUGAGGCGCUUAAUUAGGAUGGCUUUUGAACAAAUUGGAUUGAGCAUGGAAUCAGUACUUUGGUCAAGCAAGCCUUACGGUUCAUCUCGAAGUAUUGUAAGAAAAAUUGGUACUAACCUCUCUCUUAUUCAGUGUCCAAGAGUUCACUUUCAGCUUAUUUCUCAUGUCACGGAAGGAAACAGUCCUGCUCAGCUCAGAGAAGAUGCAGUGGCCUCCUUUGCUGAUGUGGGAUGGAUUGCUGAAGAAGAAGGUGAAGUCUCUACAAGGCUCAGGUCAGAAGUUUGGUCAAAAACAACCCAACCUCUUGCAGGUGAAGCACAUCAUUUCAGGAAGUCCCCACACAGACAAAGGUCCUUGCAAAGCCCGGGAGAGGAACCAGUGCCCAGGAGCACAGUGAUGGCAAACGAAGAAGCGCUGCAGAAGAUCAGUGCCCUGGAAAAUGAACUGGCCUCCCUAAGAGCACAGAUAGCCAAAAUUGUAACCUUGCAAGAACAGCAGAACUUGACAGCAGUUGGGCCAAGUCCACUUGCUUCAGCUGCUGUCCCUGUUCCACCACCACCACCACCACCACCACCUCCUCCUCUGCCUCCACCCCCUCCCUCAGGUCUGGAUCAGAGAAACUCUGCAAUUGAUCUCAUUAAAGAGAGGAAAAACAAAAAAAUAAACACUGGCCAGAAUGUGAUGGAGAAUGGGCCAAAGAAGCCUGAAGUACCAAACAUGCUAGAAAUCCUCAAAGACAUGAACAGCGUGAAACUACGCUCAGUGAAAAGAUCAUCAUUAGAUACAAAAUCAAGAGUGUCUCAGCCUGCAGAUCCUGCGACAUUAAUAGCAGAAGCUCUCAAAAAGAAAUUUGCGUAUCGAUACCAAAAUGAUAGCCAAGGUGAAACAGAAAAAGUGAUUCCAAAGGCUGAAACCAAGACGCAGACUGAGGUAGUGCUGUUUGGACCACACAUGCUGAAGUCUACAGGAAAAAUGAAGACUUUAAUUGAAAAAUCUUAGUGUUAAAGAUUAUUCUGCAAAAAGACUGUUAAGCUGCUUUGUAUAAAAUAUUUUAUGUUGCAAAUAGCACUAGUACUGAGAGGUCUCUUUCUUACAGCACAAAAAGACCUAAUGUGAAAUGCAGAAAUGAGGCACUAAACAUGUUUGUACGUGUGUGAUUUAUCAAGGGAAAUAAAUUGGACCAUUGUGCUCAGGUAUUCAUGUUGUAUUCAAGCUUGGCUUUCCACUCAGAUUUAAGUGAUGGGUUUAGUUUAUUAACACUAAGUUAUAUAUACAACAUUGUUUGUGCAUAACUGACCAGCUUAAAAAUUUGUGUAUGUUAUUAAUGAUGGUGAUACACUCUUAAGUUAAUAUCAGUUUUAUGUGAGGUUUACCUAUAAUUUGCACUACAAUGUGUAAUUUGAUACUGAGAUCUUCAUGUUGAAGUCUUUCUUUUAAACUGAACUUUAGCAAAAUUUUAGCCCAAAGAAAACCGGGAGGCACUCUGCUUCUUACUGAAACAAAGUGAAAACUUGAACCUGCCACAGAGGUCACCUAGAUUUUACAUAGUAGUACAGUUGUGCGCAGGGCUUUGUGUUUGUUUCACAUGAGCUUGCAAGGGUAAGAGACUAAAACCUGCUUGCAUCAUCCUGUGGCCAUUAUAAGGAGUAAAAUCAUGUUGUGGGAGCCUCUGUCAAAAGGCAGAGUCAAGGGAAUUUGAAACAGGCAGUAGAUAGCAGCAGAUUAAGAUAAUAAAGAGUAUGUGUUAAUUAGCAUAAAGUGCUGUAGAUAGGAAAACAAAGGUACAAAGUACUGUGGGGUGCAAGUUGCCAAAAGCAGCUCAUCUCUGCUGCUCUCAGAGAUGCUCAUGGACACCUUCUCCCCCGCUUGGCUCCUUGGAUCUUCUUUCUGGCAGAUGGGGCUUGCACAAGCCAUUUGCAGGGAAGAGAUGGGAUAAGCUGUUGCCCAUAACCAUGACCUGAGCUCAUGUGUCCAGCCACAGGUGUAGAAAGGCUCAAGCUGAAAGUACAAGCCAGGGUGAAGACGGCUGUUCAGGGACAGGAGCUGGAGCUUAGGUGCGCUGUGAGACAAAGCCAUGGUUUGCCAUGACCAUGGAUGAGCUUUGAAAAAGCUGAGCAGUGGGUGGUAGUUCUGGUGCCCUAAGCUGAGCCUGGCUCCCUGGGACAAGUACUACUGCCUCUGGGAGCUUCUGUUCCCUAGGAAAAGACAAAAGCAGCACUUCUUUAAUAAAGAUAGUUGAAUGGCUGCGACAAGGUUACUGAAGAUGGGGAAGCUUUGCUGCUUAUAACUGGAAUGUCAGUUGUACAUGGAGGAGCUUUGUUUUGUGGUGUGGAACUUGUGUUAAUAUAUACACAGUGUAACUUCCUUCCAAAGUGCUCUGCCAUCAGUCCUACUGAUUAGUCAUUCAAUCCUUCAGUUCUUUUAAGUGCCUUUAAAACCCCUUUGUGAAAGUUAACUUUGGUUUUAAGUUUUGUAUUUUAUGCUCUAUUUCCACUGUAUGAAAUUAAAAACAGAUAA